CGCUCCACUCCUGAACGCAUUCAGCUAACAACAAACGUAUUUCUGUCCACACACGCAUUCUUAUGGCAUAGCGUCGCUGUUUGGAUUCAUUUGAAUGAAGAUGCGGUUUAUAUACACUGUGUUUUACGAACAUUCGAGCGAAAGUGGAGCGUAAAUGCCAUAAAUGUCUCCCUGAGCUUCGUGUUUUCACCACGCGCGUGUCUGCUGAUGAUUGACAACUUUGAUGGAGGACUAUGAUGGACUGUGAUGGGGGACUGUGAUGAGGACUGUGAUGGAGGACUAGUCAGCUGAUUAAAAAUGAGAACUAAUAAAUCAUACAAGCUAGUGCUUCACAAGAAAGGAUUUGGCGGAAGUGAUGAUGAAUUGGUGGUAAACCCAAAGGUCUUCCCUCAGGUGCGUCUGGGGGACCUCAUCGAGAUCGCACAUCCCACCGAUGAGUACAGCCCUCUCCUGCUACAGGUUAAAAGCCUGAAAGAAGAUCUUCAGAAAGAGACCAUCAGUGUGGACCAGACUGUAGCUCAAGUCUUCAAACUGCGAGCCUACCAGGACGUCAUAGUCAAUAUCAUUGACCCAAAGGAUGUGACUUUGGACCUGGUUGAGCUGACCUUUAAAGACCAGUACAUUGGUCGAGGAGACAUGUGGAGGCUCAAGAAGAGUCUGGUGAGCACUUGUGCAUAUGUGACCCAGAAAGUGGAGUUUGCAGGAAUCAGAGCUCAGGCCAGUGAGCUGUGGGUCAAAGGUGAAAAAGUCACCUGUGGAUACAUCAGUGAAGACACCAGAGUGGUGUUCCGAUCCACAUCAGCGAUGGUGUACAUCUUUAUCCAAAUGAGCUGCGAGAUGUGGGAUUUCGACAUCUAUGGAGACCUUUAUUUUGAAAAGGCAGUGAAUGGUUUCCUAUCUGACCUGUUUGCCAAAUGGAAGGAAAAGAAUUGCAGUCAUGAAGUCACUGUAGUCCUCUUCUCUAGGACUUUCUACAAUGCCAAAUCUAUAGAGGAAUUUCCUGAGGCACUGAGAGAAUCAAUUCGCCAGGAUCAUGAAGGGCGAUUCUGUGAAGAUUUCUACAGAGUUGUGGCUCAGAACGAGAGACGUGACGAGUGGACCUCACUGCUGAUCACCAUCAAGAAGUUAUUCAUCCAGUAUCCAGUGUUAGUGCGACUCAAAGAAGCAGAUGGGUUUCCUGUUGGUUAUAACUCCACGGCUGUUCAAGGAAACUACCUGGAGGCCAUCAACCUCUCCUUUAAUGUAUUUGACAAGCACUACAUCAACCGUAACUUUGACCGGACUGGACAGAUGUCAGUGGUGAUCACUCCUGGUGUGGGAGUGUUUGAAGUGGAUCGCCUGCUCAUGAUCCUCACCAAACAAAGGAUGAUUGAUAACGGUAUUGGCGUGGACUUGGUCUGUAUGGGAGAGCAGCCCCUUCACGCUGUGCCUCUGUUUAAGCUGCACAACAGACUGACUCCAGGAGAUUCUCGAGUGGGAGACGACUACAACCUGCCACACUGGAUCAACCACAGUUUUUACACGUCCAAAAGCCAAAGCUCCUGCAGCUCCUUCACUCCUCGCAUCAAACUGGCAGCACGCAAACUUCAUGCAGACAAAACGAAGACUCACAAGGAGCAUACUCUGUGUGUUCACAAAGAGCCAGAGAACAGUCUGCCUAUUCAGGUCGAUUAUGAUGCCUACGACGCUCAGGUGUUUCGACUUCCUGGCCCAUCACGUGUCCAGCGGCCCACUCAUUUCAGGAUGGGUCGGGACAGAGAGGCAAGUGUGAGGAAGAGCUGGGUGGAUGUGGGCACGGGAAUGGGGUCAUCCCCUCCGGUUCGGCCCACGGAAGAGCAGCGAAGCCUGGCUUCAGACGACAGCCUAGGCCCUGUGUCCAACAUGCUGCUCAUCCCCCGAGUCCAGGGACAGUAUGAGGUCAGCAGCUCCCUGGGAUACACCAGCACCAGAGACUUGGUGGAGAAGAUGUUAGACUCUCAGCGGGACAACAGUGCUCCGGGCCGCUUCACAGUGGGCAGUGCUGAGUCCACUCUGCACAUCCGCCCUGGAGGAUACACCCCUCAGAGGGCACUCAUCAACCCCUUCACCCCGUCCCGCAUGCCCAUGAAGCUCACCUCCAACCGGCGCCGCUGGAUGCACACCUUCCCCGUCGGUCCAUCUGGUGAAGCCAUCCAGAUCCACCACCAGACCAGGCAGAACAUGGCGGAGCUUCAGGAGGAGCGAGACUCCGCCCACACGUCGGCGGAGCUGCUGGAGCUGGCCUAUCAUGAGGCCACAGGCAGGAGAUCCACACAGCGUUAUGGAGACAGUAGCCUGUACAUGGGAGGAGUCGUGGAGGACUUUAGUGGAAGUCCAGGGAGUCAUGCGAGUGGAUCCUUGACCAAUCGUGGGUCUUUUGAAGACUUCUCGCUGAGCGGCAGUGAUCCCAUCUUGGUGCUGUCUGCGCCUCCGAUAGUGCCUAGCUUCUGCUGCACGGUAGGAGUGGACUGGAAGUCAUUGACCACGCCCGCCUGCCUGCCUCUCACCACUGACUACUUCCCCGAGCGCCAGGCUCUGCAAAACGACUACACCGAGGGCUGCUACGAUCUACUACCCCACAGCGACCUCGACAGGCGUGAAGACGAGGCACCGUCCAUGAGUGCGACUCAGGUAUUUGAGGAGUUCAUUUGUCAAAGGCUCAUGCAGGGAUAUCAGAUCAUAGUGCAGCCCAACAACAGGAAGUCCCAGGCCGCCACAGCCCCGCCCCUCGGCAGCAGCCCGCUCUAUUCUAGAGGCCUGGUAUCGAUGCGUCGCAUGGAGGACGAGGAAACCAUUUACUGGCUGAGUAUGGGCCGCACAUUUCACAAAGUCUGCCUCAAGGACAAGAUCAUCACAGUGACGCGUUACCUGCCCAAGUACCCUUAUGAGACAGCGCAGAUCUCCUACAGCUACAGCCUGUGCCCUCCACAUGUAGACGCCCAAUUUGUGCCCUGUUGGGUGGAGUUUUGUCAUGAGAGGCUGGAGGAGUACAAGUGGAACUACCUGGACCAGUACAUCUGCUCGGCCGGAUCGGAGGACUUCAGCCUGAUAGACUCACUGAAGUUCUGGAGGACACGGUUCCUGCUGCUGCCAGCAGGAGGCGCUCGGCGCGUGGGGGACCUGGAGGGCCCCUGGGACGUGUACGGAGAGGGCCCGGGUGUGGGGGCCGGGGGCAGUGGGGAGGGUGCUUUACUGGAUGGAUUCAUUCGCUUUGUGGAAGGACUGAAUCGCAUCAGGCGACGGCAUCGUUCAGACAGGAUCAUCAGAAAGGGGACCCCGAUGAAGGUGACUGCCCCCCUGCCCUCCUACCCCCCCGAGCCUGUGGGUCCACCCCAGGGCAAGAAGGGUACCUCGGCCUUAUCCGCCCUGCUGGAGAUGGAGCAGAACCAGAAAUCUCUGGAGGAACAGCAGUCCAAGCCCCCCUCGGUGACCACUGACCCCACAGCGGUGUCUGUAGCUCCCUCGUAUGUGGACAGUCCCCGGAAGGAUGGUGCUUUUAUUUUGGAGUUUAUUCGUAGUCCCCGCUCCUCGUACAUCCACCACUCCCAGCUGCCCCCUGAGUCCUCCGAUACUGCAGAUAAAGCAGGCCAGACCCCUGCCCAGGCCCUAGCAGAGCCCGGACCCCCAGAGCCUAGUGGGCAAUCUACUGCUGGGGCACUGUCUCUGUCCUCCUCCCCAACCCCACUGGAGAUUCUAGAGGCCAUCAAACAUCCUACUACUGGGGUGCAGCUCCUGCCGGAGCAGAAAGGCCUGCCUACAAACUGUUUCAUCAGUGCAGAGGUUGUUCAUUGGCUGGUGAACCAUGUGGAGGGCGUGGCCACACAGGGCAUGGCUGUGGACAUCAUGCAGAAAAUGCUGGAGGAGGGGCUUGUGGCUCAUGCUUCUGGAGAUGCCAUGCGCACCUUUGUCUAUGGUUUCUACUUUUACAGAAUUGUCGGAGAAAAAGAUGCCUCCCAGAUGCCCCCCUCAGGGGUGUGGUCCACAGCGGCCCUGGAAGACUUUGCCCUGUUCCAGAGGAAGUGGUUUGAGGUGGCCUUCAUCAUGGAAGAGCGUAGACCAUGUGACCUGCCUGCCUUUCUGUUGCCAUGGUUACCCAGCAGGCCCGCCUCCUAUGCAAGUAGGCACAGCUCUUUCAGCCGCAGCUUUGGAGGACGCAGCCAGGCCGCCGCACUGCUAGCGGCCACAGUCCCGGAGCAGAAGACCGUGACCCUGGACGUGGACGUAAACAACCGGAGCGACCGCAGUGAGUGGUGCAGCUGCUAUUACCAUGGCAACUUCUCCCCAAACUCUGCGUUUGAGAUCAAGCUGCACUGGAUGGCUGUGACCGCCGCGGUGCUCUUUGAGAUGGUGCAAGGCUGGCACAGGAAAGCUGCCUCCUGUGGUUUCCUCUUGGUCCCGGUGCUGGAGGUGCCUUUCGCUCAGACUUCAUACCUGUACGGAGACCCCCUCAGAGCACAUCUGUUCAUCCCCCUACACAUCCACUGUCUGCUCAAGAACACCACCGAUAACCUCUUUGAAGACUUCGAGCCGGAGACAUACUGGGAUCGCAUGCAGCUGUUCCAGGAGGCCAUCCUCUACAGAUUUGGAUUUGUCCAUGAUAAGUUUUCCGCCUCGGCCUUCAACUUCCCCUCAGACAACAAGCCGCAGUACAUCCACAUCACAGGCACCGUGUUCCUGCAGCUGCCUUACUCCAAGCGCAAGUACUCCAGCGCCCCCCAGCGUCGGCGCCGGAACUCCAUCACGUCCAACAACCAGGGCCCGUUUGGAGGCGAGGAGCGCGUGGGCUUCUACUGGGCUUACAACACCAUGCUGACCAAAGCGUGGAGAGCCGGCGCACUAGGAGACGAAAGGGUAGCUGACCGCUUACUGCGCGACUUCACCGACUUCUGCGCCAACAAAGACAACAGACUGCUCACCUUCUGGGACAGCUGUGUGGACAAGAUGAACGCGAGUGCACCCUGAUGUUUGAUACUUCACUGUGAUGCGUCGGCUUUGGAACAGAAUAUUGAAGUAAAAACCCCAGGAUCACGUAGAGUGGGUUAAAGCCAACAUUUUAAAGUCAGAAUGGC